AUGCCGCAAAACGUAUAUGACAACCCCGAGUUCUUCCAGCGGUACAGAGACCUCCGCCAGAACGACACAGGCCUGAAUGGAGCUCUGGAAGUGCCCGCCUUUCAGAAAUUACUCCCCAGCCUGGUUGGGCUGCAGAUUCUCGAUCUAGGAUGCGGCUUCGGCGAAUUUGCUCGGUACGGACGCUCUCAGGGCGCAGCGUACGUCGAGGCAAUCGACGUGUCAGAAAAGAUGGUUGCCGAGGCGAGAAGCCUCACCGCAGACGACAAGAUCAACUUCAUGUGUCGCUCGAUCGAGAGUCAUUCACCCGAAAUCGAGACCUUCGAUUUGGUCACGUCCUCCAUGGCCCUGCACUACAUCAGCGACUACAAGGCUGUGGUUCAGACAGUUUGGAGGUGCCUCGUGCAGGGAGGAAUGUUCGUCUUCUCGGUCGAGCACCCGUCCUGCACGGCGAAUCCGGUCGGAUGGAUACGGGACGAGGAUGGCACAGCGCUCCACUGGCCACUAGACAGAUACCAAAGCGAGGGUGAGCGUCGGACGUCGUGGUUUAUCGAAGGGGUUACGAAAUACCAUCGCACGGUUGAAACUUAUGUCAACACGUUGAUCGAGCAAGGCUUUCAGCUGACCCAUCUGGGAGAGCCCAAGCCCUUGGAUGGACAUGUGAGCAGACGCCCCUGGCUGCUGGAAACUUUGAAGCGGCCGCCUGUCCUUCUGUUGGCCGCGAAGAAGACUUGA